AUGGCGACGCCGCCCGCCUCAACGGGCGCCAUUGUCUUCUACGAUAUCGCCCAUCGACCCCCUGUAGCGGAGACGUGCUGUUCACCGAACCCAUGGAAGACCCGAUUUGCGCUCAACUUCAAGGGCGUCUCCUACUCGACUUCGUGGGUACGCAUGCCCGACAUCGCAAAAGUACGUCGUGACCUUGGGCAGUCGGCCGGUCGCAAAUUCGCCGACGGCACGGAUUUCUACACCCUCCCUGUGAUCCAGGAUGCUGCCACCGGUGCCACGGUCGGUGACUCCUUCGACAUUGCCGUCUACCUGCAGCGCACGUAUCCCGACUCGGGCGGCGGCGAUUUGCUUCCCGCCCAGACCCUCGACUACACCUUUAACCAGAGCGUCGCCUUCCCGGUGCCACUGUCGGAGCGUCCAGAUGGUGGCUUUGCCGAGUACCUCCGCUUUAACACAAAUGUUGAUGCGGCCUUUACCACCCACACCCCGCUAAUGGUGGAGGGCCUGCCUCUUGAUCCCGCCACCGCUGACGAAACAAAGGCCGAAUUUGUCCGCCGGGCCGGCGUCAGCUCUUGGGAUGACUUCACCUUGACUGGUGGGGCGCGCGAGAAGCUCACGGAAUCCUUUCGGGGCAUGCUGGGCGACCUAUCCAAGUUGUUCCUUGAGAAUACCGACGGGCCUUUUCUGCUGGGGCAGCAGGCCAGCUACGCGGAUUUCAUCGUCGGCGCAUGGCUACGCAUGGCACAAGCGACUUUGCCCAAGCCGGAGUGGGAGGAUGUGCGACGCUGGCACGGUGGUGUGUUUGGUCGACUGCACGAUGCCCUGGAAGCGUACGCCCAAGUAAAAUAA